ACAGAAGCCCAGCUUGGCACGAAACACCUCCCGACUCCGUCUUGCCACGAACUAUAAGCCUUUCCUGGGAAGGCCAGCCGGAGCUACCUCUCCACCAAAGUAGCCAGUGGGAUUCGCCAUGGGCGAGGUGACGGCAGAGCAGGUGGAGAAGUUCCUGGACUCGAAUAUCAUGUUUGCCAAACAGUACUACAACCUCCACUACCGGGCCAAGGUCAUCUCAGAGCUGCUAGGGGCCAAGGAGGCAGCCGUGGACUUCAGCAACUACCACUCGCUGAGCAGUGUGGAGGAGAGUGAAAUCAUCUUCGACCUCCUGCGGGACUUCCGGGAAAAUUUGCAGGCGGAGAGAUCCGUCUUCAACGUCAUGAAGAAGCUGUGCUUCCUCAUGCGGGCAGACCGCAUGAGCCUGUUCAUGUACAGGGUCCGAAAUGGCAUCGCAGAGCUAGCCACCCGGCUCUUCAACGUCCACAAGGAUGCUGUUCUUGAGGAAUGCCUGGUGGUGCCCGACUCAGAGAUUGUGUUCCCCCUGGACAUGGGUGUGGUGGGUCACGUCGCGCACUCUAAAAAGAUCACCAACGUCCUCAACACAGAAGAGGAUGAGCAUUUCUGUGACUUCGUGGACACCCUCACAGAGUACCAGACCAAGAACAUCUUGGCUUCCCCCAUAAUGAAUGGGAAGGAUGUGGUGGCCAUAAUCAUGGCUGUGAAUAAAGUGGACGGGCCCCACUUCACCAAGACAGACGAGGAGAUUCUUCUCAAGUACCUUAAUUUUGCAAAUCUAAUCAUGAAGGUAUACCACCUGAGUUACCUGCACAACUGUGAGACUCGGCGUGGCCAGGUACUGCUGUGGUCUGGGAGCAAAGUCUUCGAAGAGCUUACGGACAUUGAGAGGCAGUUCCACAAAGCCCUGUACACGGUCCGAGCCUUCCUCAACUGUGACAGAUAUUCUGUGGGGCUCUUAGACAUGACCAAGCAGAAGGAAUUUUUUGAUGUCUGGCCAGUCCUGAUGGGGGAGGCUCCACCCUAUUCUGGUCCCAGGACUCCGGAUGGAAGGGAAAUCAACUUUUACAAGGUCAUUGACUACAUCCUACAUGGCAAAGAAGACAUCAAAGUAAUCCCGAAUCCACCUCCUGAUCACUGGGCUUUAGUAAGUGGUCUGCCCACCUAUGUUGCCCAGAAUGGCCUGAUUUGCAACAUCAUGAAUGCGCCUGCGGAGGACUUUUUUGCAUUCCAGAAAGAGCCUCUGGAUGAGUCUGGAUGGAUGAUUAAGAAUGUCCUUUCUAUGCCAAUUGUGAACAAGAAGGAAGAAAUUGUUGGGGUGGCCACGUUUUACAAUCGCAAAGAUGGGAAGCCCUUUGAUGAGAUGGACGAGACCCUCAUGGAGUCUUUGACUCAAUUCCUGGGCUGGUCCGUCUUAAACCCUGACACCUAUGAGUCAAUGAACAGACUUGAAAACAGGAAGGAUAUUUUCCAGGACAUGGUAAAAUACCACGUGAAGUGUGACAAUGAAGAAAUCCAGAAAAUCCUGAAAACCAGAGAGGUGUACGGGAAGGAGCCGUGGGAAUGUGAGGAAGAGGAACUCGCUGAGAUCCUGCAAGGAGAGCUGCCAGAUGCAGAGAAGUACGAAAUCAAUAAGUUCCACUUCAGCGACUUGCCCCUCACGGAACUGGAGCUGGUGAAAUGUGGGAUACAGAUGUACUAUGAGCUCAGAGUGGUGGACAAAUUUCACAUUCCUCAGGAGGCCCUGGUGCGGUUCAUGUACUCGCUGAGUAAGGGCUACCGCAGGAUCACCUACCACAACUGGCGGCACGGCUUCAACGUGGGGCAGACCAUGUUCUCCUUGCUGGUGACCGGAAAGCUGAAGCGAUACUUCACGGACCUAGAGGCCUUGGCCAUGGUCACCGCUGCCUUCUGCCAUGACAUUGACCACAGAGGCACCAACAACCUCUACCAGAUGAAAUCCCAGAACCCACUGGCCAAGCUCCAUGGGUCCUCCAUCUUGGAAAGACACCACUUGGAGUUCGGCAAAACAUUGCUGAGAGAUGAGAGCCUGAAUAUCUUCCAAAAUCUCAAUCGCAGACAGCAUGAGCAUGCAAUCCACAUGAUGGAUAUAGCAAUCAUUGCCACAGACCUCGCCCUGUAUUUCAAGAAGAGAACAAUGUUCCAAAAGAUUGUGGAUCAGUCUAAGACGUAUGAAACCCAACAGGAGUGGACGCAGUACAUGAUGCUGGAGCAGACACGGAAGGAGAUUGUUAUGGCCAUGAUGAUGACCGCCUGUGAUCUCUCGGCCAUCACCAAGCCCUGGGAGGUGCAGAGUAAGGUAGCUCUGCUGGUUGCCGCGGAAUUCUGGGAACAAGGUGACCUUGAGCGCACAGUGCUGCAACAGAACCCCAUUCCCAUGAUGGACAGAAACAAGGCGGAUGAACUCCCCAAGCUUCAGGUCGGCUUCAUUGACUUUGUUUGCACCUUUGUCUACAAGGAAUUCUCCCGCUUCCACGAGGAGAUCACUCCCAUGCUGGAUGGGAUCACCAACAACCGCAAGGAGUGGAAGACGCUCGCCGACGAAUACGAUGCCAAGAUGAAGACCCUGGAGGAGGAGAAGCAAAAGCGAGAGGCAGCCAAGCAAGCAGCGGCAGGAAAUCAGCCAGGGGGCAGCCCCAGCCAAGCAGGGGGCACACCUGCAUCCAAGUCCUGCUGUAUCCAGUAAUGCUGACCAGCAUCGGCUGAACGGAAUGGCACCACCCUUUGCGGAAAGACACUACCCAAGCCAGCAGAAAACCAAAAGCCUGCUUGCGAAGCAAAAGAGUAAUAGGAUUUGAAA